AUGGCUUUCAAGAAAUCAUCAGGGAAACUGUCACAAGCAGCACUUUUGAAGCAGAUAGUAAAGAGGUGUUCGAGUUUGGGUAGGAAACAGCAGCAACACUACGACGAUGUCCCCAAAGGACACUUUGUUGUGUACGUUGGUGAAAACCGGAGUCGAUAUAUCAUUCCUAUAUCCUUCUUGUCAAGUCCUGAGUUCCAAACACUUCUUCACCAAGCUGAAGAAGAGUUUGGAUUUGAUAACGACAUGGGUCUCACUAUUCCUUGUCAAGAACAUGUUUUUGAGUCUCUUACUUCCAUGCUUCGGUAGAUACCCUAAGCUUAAUCAACUACAAGAGUACCACAUUACCACUACAUUUUUUUUACCCCUUUACUUAUAUAGCUCGGGAAAUCAUGCAUAUUGAUGCUCAAGUCAUCUUAUAUCAGAUGACUGGAGUAUGCAACAUUCAAUGAUGCCUGCUUUUUUAACCAUUUUGUGCUGUUUGAAUAGAUGAGUACUGGAGCAUAAGUAGUCGUUGUGGACUUUUUUUUCCUUAACAUUAAGAGCUAUCUUGAUAAAUGGUGUUAAAGAAUAUCUGAGAAAAUAACACAAAAAUAUGAGAACUGAGAAGAAAAUAAACAUUGCAACUUAAAGUGGCUAUUGAUGGAAAGAUCUAGGUUUGUAGUUUCCUCCAGACAUGUAAGGAUUUAUCCACCCAUUGGGAGAUUACUCGAAAACCUGUUGCACAAUAAGGGUUUUCUAGGAUUAUCUAGAAGUUUUGAGUAUAAAUCGUGUAUGUAAUAAUGUAUUAUCUGAUUUAAGAUAGUCCGAGUGUACAUAUUGGUGAAGAUUAGGA